CUUUUUUAUCUCUCCGGGGUUCAAACCUAUUUCUUCUCUCGUAUCUUCUUCCUCACACCCGACUCCCGUCAUCGUGACCAGCUAAUACAAUACCGCAAACGGUCUCGUGCCCGCUGCAGGCUUCCCCUCAAUUUCUCACCUCCACAAUUCUGCUGAGGUCCAAUCGUGAAGAUCGUAAAGCGCAAACCCGCCGGCCUCAGAUUCGUCCGCAAACAUGAGCGCAACCGAGUCCAAGCAAAUGGCCGAGAAAGGACCUGAUCCCCUCAAAGAGGAGCCCGUGGAGCUGCCACCCCUCGAGGAUAUCGCAAAGGGUCGCUGGGAGCGCAGUUGGCCAACGAUUGCCUGCGGUGCUGGUCUUUUCUCCGAUGGGUAUCUGAACCAGAUCAUCGGUCCAGUCGGCACCAUGCUGGGAAAGCUCUAUGGAGAUGCCUACACUAAUUCCACUGCGGCGCAGAAUGUCUCCUCGAUCGUUUUUGCCGGUACCGUGGUCGGUAUGUUGGGCUUCGGCUACACCAGUGACCACUGGUCGCGCAAGUGGUCACUGAUGAUUUCUACUAUCAUCCUGUUCAUCUUUGCUGCUCUCGGAGCAGGGUCUUAUGGUGCUGGCGGUAACAUUGGAGGCAUGUUCGCUGCUCUGACUGCUUAUCGCUUCUUCCUCGGUGUGGGUAUUGGCGGCGAGUAUCCUGCUGGAUCGGUCGGUGCUGCUGAGAAUACCGGAGAGUUAAAGCAUGGUCAUCGCAACCGCUGGUUUAUCAUGUUUACCAACUUCCAGAUUGAUGCCGGUUUCGUCAUUGCUUCUUUGGUCUCUAUGAUCUUGGUUUUGAUCUUCACCGAAGACCAUCUGCGUGCUUGCUGGCGUGUCGCUUUGGGACUGGGUGUUAUUCCACCUAUGAGUCUCAUGUAUCUUCGACUGAAGAUGAACGAACCGGAGGAGUUUAACCGGGAGCGCAUGCACAAAUUCCCUAUUUGGUUGAUCAUCAAGUUCUACUGGAAGCGCCUGACUGUCGUCUCUAUCAUCUGGUUCCUUUAUGACUUUUCAGCUUACAGUUUCUCAAUCUACUCUUCCAAGUGGGUUGACAUCAUUCUCGGCGACGACGCCCCAUUGUGGAAGAGCUUUGGCUGGGCUACCGUGGUCAAUGUUUUCUAUAUUCCCGGUUCCGCCCUCGGUGCUUUUAUGAGUGACUGGAUUGGUCCUCGCUAUACCCUCGCUCUUGGCGUUGGUCUCCAGGGAAUCGUCGGAUUCAUCAUGGCCGGAUGCUACAAAUGGCUUGCUACCAAGGCCAACGUUGCCGCUUUUGUUGUUGUUUUCGGAAUCUUCUCUGCUCUCGGUGAAAUGGGACCCGGCGACAACAUCGGUCUAAUUGCAGCUAAGACCAGUGCAACUGCCAUCCGUGGCCAAUACUACUCUUACGCAGCUGCCAUCGGCAAGGUUGGAGCAUUCGUGGGCACCUAUGUGAUCCCAAUCGUUCAAAAGAAUGCCCCCAACGAAAUCCGCGCCGGCCAGGAUCCCUUCUUCGUCUCCAGCUCCCUGUGCCUCCUGGCCGCUUUCCUGGCCAUUUUCAUGGUCCCGCAGAUUAACCAGGACACAAUUACUUACGAAGAUUCCAAAUUCCGCGACUACCUCGAGGCAAACGGUUACGACACCACCACGAUGGGUAACCGCAACCACAACCGCCAGAGCGCCAUCCCGGAACAGGAGUAAUCGCUUUACUCUGAAGCAGCCCCAUCGCACCACACUCUUGCUUGCCCAGAUGGGCUCUUGCUCUGCAGCCUGCAGCUUUAUCACCACCAAUUCCCAGAGUCAUAAUACCCCAUGCGCCAAUAUGAUCAGUAAUUCUUUGAAACGCCAUGGCACGAUUGAUGCGACAGCGACAAUACUGGCCCGUGCGACUUGUUCCUCUGCCCCUGCGACAUGGUUGAUAACUUUAUGAGACUCGAGAUUCAUGUAACUAGCGCGGGCAUUGACGGAGCAGAUCUGCUGGUGAUCUAGUUCGGUGGUGCGAUUUCGCGGGAUAUGUAAUUGUCUCUUGGUGUGUGAUCGAGCUGAAUCUCCCCGUUGAGAAAUAAUCAAAACCUUAAUGCAUAAGCAAUUUCUAAUCUGAC